GUACUUGUCAUGUGUUUGGUUCUCGUUUUCAUUUUGAUGUUUUAGAACCGAAUUAUCGACAAGGAAAAAAAGAAAAUUUGUGACACGAAGACAAAAUUUUCACCAAAAUGUCAACCAAACAAGAAGAUACUCAGGAAUCACCAUCCACAUUGUUGACGGCUGAAACAUUGCCAAGAAAAUUAUUGAAUGGACCACAAGAAGGUGUACAAUAUCCAAUCAAAGUUAACUAUUGUGGAGUAUGUUCAUUGCCAUUGGAAUAUUGUGAAUAUAAUAGUGGUUAUGAUAAAUGUAAAGAAUGGCUUUUAAAGAACAUGCCCGAAAUGUUUGCCAAAUUAGAUACAAAUGCUACUGAUGAAAAAGAUUCAUCUAAAAAGACUAGACAAAAACGUGGCGGUAAAGCAUUGCUAAAACCGAAGAAAAAAGAAACUGGCGAACUGAUUGUUAAAAUAUCACGAUCAAAUCGUGGAAAAAAGAAAUACGUAACUUUUGUACAUGGAUUAGGAAAUUUUGAAAUCGAUCUAAAGGAUGCGACAAAAUUUUUCUCUUCACGUUUUGCUUGUGGAUCAUCGAUAAGCGGCACUGAUGAAAUAAUCAUUCAAGGCGAUGUAAAAGAUGAUUUAUUUGAUGUAUUACCAGAAAAAUGGUCACAAAUUGAAGAUGAUUUUAUUGAAGAUUUGGGCGAUGUAAAACGUUGAGGAUUUUUGUAAUUUUAAUAAUCUUUAUUCUUAAUUAAUUAAAAUUAUGUUUAAAAUCA